CUUCUCCAUUAUCAUUUGGGCAGAACUUUUUCGAAAGGGCAGAGAGGCAGCGACAGGUGGCGCUCGAGCGGCGGAGGCGGCGAGGCGAUUUGUGUUCUCUUCGAUUAGUGCUUCCCUGGUUUGCUUCAAUGGGGCGGCUGCGGAAAGUUUCUCACAAGGGUGUACCACUAGUCUCUCUCUUGAGAGUGCAGAUUCUCUGAAUGAUCCGUUUGUGCCUAACGAUUUUGCGAUGAUGGUUCUAAUCCUAUGUCUUUGGAAGUCUCUAGGAGGGCUUGACAAAUCUCUAUUUGACUUCUAUAUGGAUCAUAAAGUGAAAUGUUUGAAGAGGAAGUUAUCAUGUGCUGGAAGAAGAAACAUGAAACUGAAGCUGUGUACUGAUUUCCCGUUUAUUCUAUUUCCCUGCUUCAAUGGCCACUUAAUUUUGGUCUGCACUCAAUUUUCUGAUGUGAAACCUCGGAUUCUUGCGUGGAGAGGGUUCUGUUCAAAAAUCUUCAGCGAGUAAGAGUAUGGAUUUUGAUGCAUCUGAUGUUCCAUUUGCUACAAGAGUUGAGUCAAAUUUUGGUGAUCAUUUUGGCUCUGAGUUUGCUCAUGAACUUGUGGAUCUUGUUCAGGCCAGACAUCAAGAGAAGCCUAAGAUUUUUGUUGAAUGUUCAGAGUCUCUCAUUGUUGAUGUAUUGAAUUGUGUGUUGCAAUCUUCUUUUCUUGCAAACAUUCAUGCUUCCGUGGAAGUUUUUGGCAGUGAGAAUCAUUCACUGAGCAAGUUCUCAUUUGGUUAGUUUCAUCUUUUUUACUUUAGCUUUCAUUUUAUUUCCCUGUUUAUUUUUUUCUUUUGGUUUGUUCAUAAUUCAAUUGACUGCUGGUUUUUUCUGUGAUUUUGCAUGCAAUAAGAGUGUUUCUAUUCAAUCUGCUAUCCCCAAUACAAAGUCUGUGAGAUUUGAUGAUAUUCCAGGGAAGUGAUAUCCGUUUUGUUUAUUGGGAGGCAAUUUCAAGCAGAGAUGUUUAACGGCUCUUUUGCUUCUACCUUUUGUUGUCAGGUGUGGUACAGGGAAGCUGCUGGGAGGGAUCACGUGGGGUUUUAUUGUUCUUUUGGUUUAGUUGACAACUGGGUCUUUUUUUUUAGCCUGACCCGUUUAGUGGGAAUGAGAAGUAUCAGUGGUUUUGGGCAAAUACAGAUGUCAACAGAACAUUGCUCAGAAAAUUUGAAUGAUAUCCAAUUGAAAAACAGUCAAAUGUUAAAUAGAUAGUCCCAAGAAAAAAGGCUUAGUCAACGGCAAUUUUAAGGAGCGAACAUUCUCCCUACAAUCAUCCAGCGCGAUGGAGUAAUAGCCGUUGGAUUUGUGUGCGCGGCCGUGCGCUCGCUUGACACGAGGUGCCGCGCCGUAGUGGAUAAGUGGAGUCCGUUUUGGUUUUGGACUAAACUGGAAUUUUAACAAGUUUUGACGGGUCUUAAGGGUUCCCCGUCCUCGACGGCUCGACCGGCGAUUCCCGCCGACGCCUGCACCUCCCGCCGAGUCGCCUCUGUACCUGAAGUAACACCGCCACCAUCACCAACCUUUCCCCGGAUUCCACCAAUCCCGUGUUCGGCGGGCAACCUGAUUCCCCGCCAAAUUUGUUGCCCUAGAGCCUGUUGCGUCCGACCUCGGUAUCAAGAUCCAUGGCGCUCCCCGCUCUUUCCUUCCAGCCCUCCACCCUGAUGGGCUCAAAAGCCGCCGACUCCGCCUCCGGAUUUCCCGACUGGGUCUUCCUCUGCGAGGAGCCGCGUUUCUCGGAACGCCGGAACGAGACCACCGCCAAGUGCCGGACCAGCGAGGGCCAAGCCGUGGAGGUGUCCUUCUGGCUCGUCGACCCGCCGGGCGUCUCCUACUUCACCUUCAACUGCCCCGGCCUCGACCCCUCCGCCUUCCACGAGAAGGAGCCGCCCUCCCUCGUCUGCGCCGCGGCCGCCUUCGUCGUCUUCUGCCUCUCAUUCAGGGGCUCCAUCCACCACUUCGUCUACAGAGCCGCCCCCGCAGGGAAGCAGUCGCUGCAGCUGCUCCCGGACCGGGACCCCAGCUCCACGGUCUUCAGGAGAACGGGGUUCGGCCUCUUGCCCUGCGCCGACGGCCAGCACUACGCCGUCGCCUACAUCGACCGCCAGUGUCUUGGCAAAGAUUCUGAUUGGUGGUUUCAUGCGCACGUCUUCUCGUCUGAAACUCGGGCGUGGAGCAGCCACAGGGUGUCGUUGCGGCACUUAACCAAGUCUGAUAGGCUCAUGUGUUGUCGACAUGGCAUGUCACAGCAGAUUCUGUUGCAGGCUCACUGGGCUGGGUUGAGCUCAUGCGUGGCAUUGUCCUUCUUUGCAACCUGUUGGACGGGAAUCCUGUCAUCAAAUUUAUCCCGUUCCCCGAAUCAAGGGUUAGCUUUCUCGACGAGGAUGGCCACCCUGAGCUCGCCCCUCAGUAUUAUUGCAAUGUUGCCUGCUCCGGCGAUCUCAUCAAAUUCAUCGAGGUAGAAUUUGAUGACCCUGUUGUCAGGACCAGCGGUAUAGGUUGGAGAGCCACUGUGUGGGAGAGGAAGUUCUCCUGGGACAAGUGGGAGAUCCGCUCCACGGUCGAUGUUGCUAACAUCUCAGUUGACCAAAGUUUUUCUGCUGUAUUGCCUGGGCUGUGGUGUGAUGAGACCCAAAAACUGGACUUGAAGAAACUUAUUUUCUAUACCCCGCUGCCGAGCAGGCGUGAUGACGAUCUUUUUUACAUGGUGGCUAAGGUGAAUGCUGACGACGAGACUGCCUGGGCCAUCGCAGUUGACAUGGAAAGGGCAGGUGUGGAAGCAAUGGUCCAGUUCUCUCUUGGACGGUACACGUACCACAUUGCAAUGUACUCUUCAUGCGACUUCCCCAAGUACCUCAACAUGACCCCAGGGGCAGGCAUGGAUAAUCCAGCGGACAAGUGCUCUAAGCGGAUGUCUGUUGCCAGGUUGAGUGCAAAGCAGUGUGUGGUGCAAGUUCUGCGGACUCUAGACUGGCUUCAAGAACUUGAUCAAUGCUUGGAAAUUGAGAGGUCAACUGACAACACAUACAGAUUAUUACUUCAGUUUUCUCCAGUAUCAUCUCUGCGUUCCAGUAUCAGACCAAUGGUAAAAUAUGCUAAUGAUCAAGGUGAAGCUGCAUCGAAGGCUGUGGAUUUUUGCCGAAGAGCUUUGGAAGAUUUCGACUUGGCUCUACACGGAUCACCGAGUGAUCCUUCAGCAUCCGUUGAAGCCAUGCGUAGCAAAAUCAGUGAUGUCAUUCAAGCUUUGGACAACAUCAUGCAAAUUGUGCCAUCAACACUGAUACCGAAAGAAAAGAUGCUUGGAGAUGCCAGCGACCAAAAAAGAUCAAAGGCAACAUCUGAAACUCGUGAGAAGCCAUUCGAGGCAAAGAAUACAGUUUAUGGGUGUGGCUGCUACUGAGAUUGAUGUCCUUUCAUUGGGACUGGUAUCAAGUUCACAGGAGAUGGAUGAGAGCUACCCGUGAACAACGACGGGCCGUGGUCGAUACAAAGGAUAAACGUGGCAAGUGGCAGCAACGGAAAUUCAAGCCCAGUAAUUCUGGCAGCAACGGACCUGAUAUCGAUGCCUGUGGUUGUGUCAUCUUCCCACCGUGAUGUAAAGGAGUCGGUAUCUUACUGAUAUGGAAUGUCUGUAGAAACAUAUAAGCUUAUGGUAGAUUGAGUGUUGAGUUAUGGUUUCGGCCGUGGUUAUGGGCAUGAUGCUAGCUUAUGUGAAGGUGCUGGUUGCUGCUACCUAGUAGACACCUAACUGUAGUAGUACUACAUAUGUUGUUGCUACUACUUGCUAGUACCUUCUUCCUGCUUGCGUGCAUGAAGAAACUGGUGGCGGGUUGUGCUCUUCUAAGUAAACUCCAAUUAGAACCCCAGAUCUCAAUCCUGGUUGUACCUAGUAGUAGGUAAAUGAAGUAUCGGUUGUUUUACUCAA